GUAAUACUUGAUUUUCUAUACGUUAGUGUCAAUGCCCUGCCAAUACUGACCGAAGACGUUGUGCCUAGUCCAUGUCCAAUAAUUACACGACCUGCUUAGAGUGAUAUAAAAAAAAUGGCGUUUGUCGAAAAUGCUCACUUCUCGGAAGAUGCAUCAGAAAGCUGUGACAAACACAUUGAUUACACCAAUCUUGGACCAAGAUUUAAGAAGCAACUGGAAUAUGCUUAUGUGAGAGCUGGAAUAGAUGACAGAAAGAGGUGUUUCGAGUCAUUGAAUUCGGUUGAUGUUGAGGACAGUAGGACCAGGAGACCUUAUACAGCUAUGCCUAUUUUGGAACGAACUGGUUCCUGCGGUGAGGAUGGGUUUCAAGCACCUUAUGCCACGACUUAUAAAAAACAGUAUUAUCCAAAGAAAUAUCCUAUUACCAUAGCAACAAGACCAAUGACAACUGGGACAAAUAUAGCACCACCAGAAGCUAGGACUGAGAACACCCAUUACGAUUUCGAAUAUUCCAGAAAAAUACCAAAUCCCAAUCAUAUUUAUCGUACCGGCUCAGCAUCAGGUACCAGGAAUAACAAACCCCAUCCAUCAAAGGAUUUCUUGAUUUGGAGAUUUCCAGGCAAUACCAAACCAUCACCAAGAGAUUAUAUUAAAGAAAAUGUGACGGAUGCCAAAUUAAAUGAAAUACAUCGUCGUUUAUGCCGAUCUACAUAUCAGUCAGAUUAUCUUGGUAUGCCACAAGGGUAUGAGAUUGUUCCAACUAGUCCAGGUCUACUACGACAACCAAGUUACGCUUUAGAUUCAUUCCAAAGAUCUACUUAUAAAGUUCCAGUACAACCUGAUCGUCUAAAACUGGCUACAACACGGUAUGGUAGUAAUAACAAUAAAUAUGUACCAGUAUAUGGCACAAUUCCUCAAGCUAAUGGUAAUACAACAUAUGGUAAUAAAGUGACUACAUAUGAUAGAUAUUAUAAUCAUAAUGACUCGGCACCAUAUUCUGAUAAAGGUUAUCUUAAUGAUAUACGACACAGAUAUGGUAUGAAUGGAACUUAUGAACCUGUAUCACCUGCUACACCUAUUUCAUCUGGUGGUAUGAGAAAGAUGAGAUCAAUGGUUCCAUCUGCUACUCCAGUAACUUGUUUUACACCACAACCAGUAGUUUAUUAAAAGAGAAGAAUUCAUGAAAUAAAUGAAAAUUAUGUAAUUUAUACUCCCAAGUUAAGACUGUGAAUUUUAAUAUGAGAACGUCAUAGUUCAGUUCUGGACUUCUGGCAUAUGUUGAAAUUUCCGUCCCCAUUCAAGCAUUCCUGAAUAAAAAGAUUGUUUUAAAAUAAUAUUUGUUCAAAAGAUCUGUGAUAAACUUUUAACACCUUUAUUUAUAUUAAGCCAAAAUAUAUUAAUAAGGAUUUUUUAAUGUUAUAUUUAGAUUAUUAAUGUAUUUGUAUUGUACAUUAAUAUUUUAUAUUUAAAUUAUUGUAUAACUUAUUGUAUUCUUACUUAUAGUCCUACUGAGCCUUUGUACUGGAAGCUUUAUUCAUAUUAUCGCUUUAGAGUUUAUCAGAUUAUGGUUUUGGUCUAUAGGUCAUUAGGGCUUUUAUCACAGAAAAGUCUAGUCAUUUGCAUGGAAAAAAAUCAGUUAUGAAUUAUGAAUAUCUAGUUGGAAUAUUGCAGGGUGCAUUGACUGACAUGUUUACUUUGUUAAAAUUUGCCCACCCAUUGUUUAGGUAGUUUAUUAAAACUUCUCAAAGUAACUGAUCAAAAAUAGGUUCAGUUCCAUUCAUUUAUUAUUGACAAAGCCCCACCUCCCCCUUUAAUUGUUGGGUAAAAUGUUUCGAUGGACCACUGGCUGAAUCCACGAAAAUGAAUUAAAGUUACAAUUUCAUAUUUUCUAAGAAAGUCAAAACAUAAUUAUUUCUAUGUCUUUUGCUCAAUAGGUUGUCAAAUCGCUAUUAUACGAUCAUAGGUUAUCUUUCUCCCACUUUAAAAUCUUCACACCAGAAAUAAUAACACAAUUACCUCCCUUGUUUUCCUAUUCCCCACCAUGGAAUAGCUAUCUUCAAACGUUUGAAUUUGAAGUUGAAAAUGAUAUUUUUGCCAAUUUCUCAACUGGCAAUAGUAAAUUAUAGGAUAAAUAGGAUUAUUCUUUAACAAGGUACAUGUAGGACUGUUUAUAGAUACCAUCUAUUUUAGGGCUUUAUUUUAAUACAUUUUAAAAAUAUAACUUAAAAAUAUGAAAUUGUAACUUUAAUGUUAAACAAUACAUUUUUAGCAUAGGUUAAAGAUGUAAAGAAUUAAAUUUUGUACGAAAAAUGCAAAUAUAUGCUGAACACCUGCCUUAACAGUAUUUACUCUGAAACAGAAUCACCUCUCGCUCUUCUUCCUAUAUGUGUAUAUUGUGUGUCUUUCCAAUAUUAAAACUGCCCAAACAAACCACAUUCCAUUUCCCCUAUUUUGAUAAAGGUAUUUCCCAAUGAUUAUUUUCAUACAUUAUUAUAACUAGUUUUUCAGCAUCAAAUUUUUUAAAAAUGAAAAUAUAAACAUCCAGAAUUAAUGAUGUUUGUGUGUUUUAUACAUUACUUACUAAUAAUAGAUCAAUUUGCAAUUCCUUCCCCAAAAUAUUUUUUUUUGUCGAUGUUGAUUUGUAAAAAAUAAUGAGAGAAACUUUAAGUCAAUGUAGCUGAAUAGGUUGAUGUAUCUAAUGUUUCCUUAAUCUAGUCUUAUAUGAUAUAUUUGCCAAACAAGCUUUUAAAUUUGUGAAUUGAGAGAUACAUGUAUUUGUUUCAAUAAUUACUAGUGGGGGUUUUCUAACACAAUAUUACAUACUUUAAUCAGUAAAAUAAUAAUUAUGAAAUGUAUACAUGUACAUUAUUUAUUGUGCUUUGAUAUAUUGUAAACAAAUCUCAUGUGUUAUUAGAUUUGACCCAUGAAAAACUGACAAUAUAAAGUUGGUUCGUAAAAUGCAUUUCAAAGAUGAUUAGCCAUUAUAAGAUCCAAUCCUUGUUACAUUAUGAUUUAUUGACAUGAUGUAUUUUAGAAUAAUUGAUCUAAGUAAAACGUAUUACUUGUACCAAACAUGAUCUGCCCAUUAUGUGUUAAAACAGAGGAGUAAGUUACAUUACAGAUACCAAAUGUCUAUUCUUUUUCUUACACCCAUGAAUAAGACCUUGGUUGUGUCCUAUGAGAUGAGUUUGAUGUUGUUUGUUAUUUUUGGUUAAUUGUUGAAUUGCAAUCUGUGAUAAGACACUGGAACUUUUAAAUUUUUCUAUCUUCUAUUAGUCUGUUAUAGUAGUUUUUGAGGAUUAGUGUUUGUAUAUUUGUCAUAACAAUAAAUUUUAUUUGCAGAACUUUUUAAUUGUUAUACACCCAUAUUGAAAUGUGGUUAUAUAUUGCCAUCCACCCUAUCAAUCUUCAAUCUUGGGCCCACAGUUGCCUGUGGAUGCUCUAGAUGUCAAAGUUAUCACCUGAUGACUAGAAAUGUAUACAGAAUACAGAGACAAAGAAGCCUUUUGAUUUCCUAUAACUUGAACAGCCAUGAUCUUGUGAUUAAAAGUACAUGUUUUGUAUAAUAUUAGCACUUGCAAGAACAAGACA